AUGCAAGCCGGCGUGAGCGUGAGCGAUACGAGGCGUAGCGGAGCCGGACACUCACCGCUCGACCAAACCUGGUUCCCGCACAUCCUCUCGCGCGUUGUCGAGCUCGCGCCACUCGACGCCCUCCUCGGCCUCCGAUCGACAUGCCGCCGCUUACGCGAUAGCAUCGACGAGCGGCUAUUCGAACACGUCGUGCUCGUGACCGUCGCCCCGCGCUCAGCAGGUGCUAAGACGGGGGUAGGCUUUGUCCCACCCCAUUCACCAGACCGCUUGCUCCCCUGCAUCCCCAGUGCUCGCCAACUCACACGCCAAAUAGAAGGGGGACGGACACAAAGUCCAACUCAUGUGGCUUCGAACAGGCGUUUAAUGGGCCACAUCCGGAUCCUCGACUCGGCCACCGCCAAUGUCUACGACUUGCCGUCCUUAUCCCUCCCCCUCGUGCGGCGAUGUAACCCCUCAGCAGCCGGUUUACCUGCCCACAUCAUUGUACAGACCCUUUCCCUAAGCCCCACCGAUGACGACGACGGCGUUUUCCGGGCAUGGGAUCGGUUCCGUCAACUCGCAGUCACCGUCACAGGCAUGACACCGAUUGGUGCGCCUGGCGCCCGCGCAGCCGGAGGCGGUGGUACUUUCGUGGCGCAUCUCACCUAUAACGGACCCCCGCGUCGCGGUAUCGUAUUCAACAUUCGAUCCAAGUUACGCGAACUUGUGGUCGUCCUCCCUUCGGUACCAGACGACGCAGAGGUCGGCGAGGUCGUGGAGGGCAUGCGCGUCACCCUCAUGAUGGCGUUACCUUCCGUGGGCGGCGGGACGCGCAUCACGCUCGUUGGCGUCGACCGUUUCGGUGGGCGGCACUUUGGCUUCCCGGACGCCGAGGACGAGCUGGAGGCCGUACGGAGGGCUCUCCUUGCACAUUGCCGCCUCGAGGCCGACGACGAGCGGCUAGUGUGCCUCACGUAUGAAGAGUGGGCUUCCGACGUCAGUCCUGAGAUCAGUGCUCGGCCUCCACACAUCCCAAACACUGUCAUCGGCGAGACCGAAAGCACAGCUUAG